AUGGCGUUUCUUGACAACCUGCCGAACAUUGGCAUCUUCGCCGUCUCUGCAGUGAUUCUCUAUUUUGCAACUCAGGCCAUAUAUAACCUCUAUUUCCACCCACUCUCGCAGCAUCCUGGUCCUUUCCUCAAUGCCAUCUCUCCCUUACCUCGCCUCUGGCUAAACAUCAACGGCCACGAACCCCAAACAGUCCUCCAAUGGCACCUCAAAUACGGACCCAUCGUUCGUAUGGCUCCAAACGAACUCUCCUUCAUAACUCCAGUUUGGAAAGACAUCUACGGGUUCAAGAAACCAGAACUGAAAAAGGAUUGGACCAAUUAUGCACUCUCAGAAAACACCAAGCGAUCAAUCCUUUUGGCUGGUGCCGAUCAUGGUAGACAGAGAAAGAUGCUGGCACCUGCGUUUGGCGAGAGGGCUUUGAAGUUGCAACAGGGUAUGUUGACAACUUAUACUGGUAUGAUGGUUGAGAGGUUGGAGGAGAGGAUGAAGGAGAACAAGGCUAUCGAUAUGGCCAAAGUCUUCAACUGCGUUACCUUCGAUACUAUCGCCGACCUGAUGUUCGGCAAAUCCCUCGGUCUCUGCGAAAACAUGGAGUACUCAGACUGGCUCUCCCAGCUCUUCGUCUCCAUCUGGCUAGCCGGUGCCUCUCGCGCCCUCCAAUACUUCCCUCUUUUGUUCCGCCUCGCCACUAUGAUGAUUCCAAAACACAUCCAAGACUCCAUCGAUUCUUCCUACAAAAUUACCGUCGAUAAGGUAAACAAGCGUCUCGAGAUGAAGACAGAAAGACCUGAUAUGUUGGGCUUGAUGCUUAAGCACAAAGAAGAGGGUGCAGAGAUGACGAUGGAUGAGUUGUAUGCUAAUGCUGAUUUGUUGAUGAUUGCUGGUACCGAGACCACAGCGACAAGUUUGUGUGGAUUGACUUGGUAUUUGUUGAACAAUAAAACUGUACUCGAUCACUUGACCAAAGAGAUCAGAGAUGCGUUCACCAGCAUUGAUGACAUUACGAUGGAGUCAUUACCUAGAUUGCCUUACUUAUCCGCCUGCCUGGAAGAAGGCAUGAGAAUGUUCCCUGCAGUCCCCGAAGGCAUCAGAAGAAUCACCCCUGCCUCUGGCGCAACAAUCGGCGGCCACUUCAUCCCCCCGAAUGUCAAAGUCAGCAUCCCCCACUACGCAGCCUACCACCACCCCCUCAACUUCACCUCCCCCGAAACCUUCGCCCCCGAACGUUGGCUCUCCCCCUCCCACCCCCUCUACUCCCCCCUCUACGCAACCGACAAGAAAGAAAUUCAUCAACCCUUCUCCGUGGGACCUAGGAAUUGCAUUGGGUUGACGCUGGCAUAUCAUGAGAUGAGACUGAUCAUGGCGAAUUUGUUGUGGCAUUUUGAUGUUGAGCUUGAUGGGGAAGCAGACAGGGAUUGGUUGGAUCAGACUACGCAUUUGGUGUGGGAUAAGAAGCCUUUGCCUGUGAGGAUUUUGCGCAAAGGGGAGACUUCGGGGUAG